AUGGCAUUUAAUUAAAUGCAUUUGUUUUUAAUUAAUUAAUUAAUUUUUUAACUUAGCUAUCUGCUAUGUAGAAAUAAGAAAAUUCAAUAGAGUUAUUAAAUUUAAUUGAAUAAAAAUAUAAUAUAUAAUGAGAAAACUGCCCUACAGGGUACAUAAAAUUUUUAGAUUAGGUCUGGGGCCAGCCUAGGUUUUAAAAAUUUAUUUUUUUCAAAAAAAAUGAUAUGUUAUAAGAAUAUGAGAUAUAUAUUAUUUCAAAUUUAACAUUUUGUGAAUUUAAAGCUUUCAAAAAACUCAAAAAAAAGCUGUUUUAAGCUAAUUUAGCUUUAUUUAUUAUGUUAUAAAGAUUUAUUACAUUUCGCCUUUUAUAAAUUAAAUAGGCAUUUCACUUUAUUUAAUUAGGAGGAUAAAAUGAAGAAAUAAUAUGAAAUAAUAAUAUUAAUUAAUAAUUGA